CAUGCUGCUGAGAGGCACGAUAUGAGAUAAGGGGGUGAGUGAGCAAACGGCUCUGAAAGUUAGUUGGGCACGAGCUGUGUUCCACUUCUCUCCGGCGAGUGAGCAAUCCGUGCGCGAGCCAGCCAGCAAGCCAGCCAGGGUGCCGACGCAAGCAAGCCCUUCGCGCCCCGCCCCUUUAAGAGCCAACAUCAUCCCUCGCGAGCUGGAUAGAGGAGUCGCGAUCUUGGGAGAGUCGCGCCGAAGAAUCUGACACGAAUUAUAUGGACUAUUGAUGUCGGGACGAGUUGCCAACAUCCUGCCGGGUUUACACCCAAACUAACCCACGCGCUACUAUAGCGCGGGCCGGAAACACCAACUGCCGUUCUGUUCUUUUCUCUUCUUUUGUCGCCGCGUGCUGAUGAAGAGGAGUGUCUCAAGAUGAACCGGAUAACGGGCAAAGCGAAAGAUGCGACUCUCAUUGAGAUGAACCAACGCGACACCCAGGUCGGAGAGGACAAUAACGGUUUGUGUUCCACAUCAGAUCACGACACACAACUACCUGGACACCAGCAGGUGAAUUCGGAGCUGAGUAAGGACUCUGUGUUCUUCAGAGACGGCGUGCGGCGAAUCGACUUCGUGCUAUCAUACGUAGACGACAAGGAUGGGGACAGAAAACAGGAGAGGAGAAGAGAGUUCGAGGCGAAUCUGGAGAGGGAAGGGCUGGCUCUGGAGAGAGAAGACAAGUCGGAGUCUGAUGACCGUAAGACGUACUUCGUGAAGGUCCACGCCCCCUGGGAGGUGCUCAGCAAAUACGCAGACGUGCUCAAGAUCAAAGUGCCCUUCAAGGUGAGUGACAUCCCCAAGGCUCGGAAGGCCCCUCUCCAUUGGGUGACUCGGCCGUUCCGCCUCCCGGACCGGAUCAUGCUUCCGGAUCAGGAUUACUUUACAUCCCCAUUCGACUGCAGCAAGACGGACUUCUUCCUCAUACGCGACCGACACACAUUCUUCCCACCCUCUACCAGGAACAGGAUAGUGUACUACAUCUUGUCGCGGUGUGAGUACCAUAAGGACGGGGAUCCCGAUCGGCCAGAGAGAUACAAGAGAGGAAUCAAACGGCUCAUCAGCAACGGGACUUACACAUCCGCAUACCCACUACAUGACUGUCGCUACUGGAAGCCAGCGCGGGAGACUAAGUGUGAGAGUGAGAGAUUCCAGCUCUACACACACUGGGCUCGCUUCUUUAGCUUCUACAAGGAGCAGCCCCUUAACCUCAUACGGAAGUACUAUGGUGAGAAGAUCGGCAUCUAUUUCGCCUGGUUGGGGUUCUAUACGGAGAUGCUUUUCUUUGCUGCUGUCAUGGGAACCAUUUGUUUCUUAUACGGACUGUUGAGCUACGAAGAUAACGUCACCAGUAAGGAGAUCUGUUCGCAGGGUGGUGACAUCAUCAUGUGUCCACUGUGUGAUAAGAAAUGCAGCUUCUGGAAACUCAACUCCACAUGCCUCUCAUCCUGGCAAUCACACCUGUUUGAUAACGAGGGAACAGUAUUCUUCGCCAUCUUCAUGGGGAUAUGGGUGACCUUGUUUCUGGAGUUCUGGAAGCGUCGGCAGGCGCGUCUGGAGUACGAGUGGGACCUGGUCGACUUCGAGGAGGAGCAGCAGCAGCUGCAGAUACGCCCGGAGUUCGAACUCAUGUGCACACACUACAGGAUGAACCGAAUCACACAGGAGAAGGAGCCAUAUCUUCCUCUAGAGACCAAACUGCCGCGAUUCUGCCUCUCGGGAGCAACUGUGCUCUUCUGGAUCUGUCUGAUCAUAGCGUGCAUCAUGGGCGUGAUCGCGUAUCGCCUGGCCGCGUACGCCGCCUUCGCCAAGUUCAUGAAGAACUCCAACGCCUCGCGGCUGCAGCUGAUUGGCUCCCUGGUCACGCCGCAACUCGCCACCUCCGUCACCGCCUCCUGUAUCAACUUUAUCAUCAUCCUCAUCCUCAACUUCCUGUACGAACACGUGGCCAUAUGGAUCACCGACAUGGAGAUCCCUAAGACCCAUCUUGAGUAUGAGAACAAGUUGACUAUGAAAAUGUUCAUGUUCCAGUUUGUCAACUACUACUCAUCCUGCUUCUAUGUGGCCUUCUUCAAGGGGAAGUUUGUUGGUUACCCGGGCGACUACUCCUACAUGUUCGGCAAGUGGAGCGGACUGAGGAACGAAGAGUGUGAUCCAGGAGGUUGCCUUAUAGAGUUGACUACCCAGCUGGUGAUUGUGAUGGCGGGAAAACAGGUGGUGGGCAACAUCCAGGAAGCUCUGCUGCCGUGGAUCCGUAACUGGUGGGGGAGUCGUAAGGCCCGUAAGCACCCAGAGACGGUCUACAGCCGCUGGGAACAAGAUCAUGAUCUAGUCAGCUUCAGCCAGUUCGGACUCUUCUACGAAUACCUAGAGAUGGUGAUCCAGUUUGGCUUCAUCACUCUCUUUGUGGCCUCGUUCCCUCUGGCGCCCCUACUGGCCCUCAUCAACAACAUCCUAGAGGUGCGUGUAGAUGCCUGGAAGUUCACCACUCAGUUCCGCCGCCCGGUCGCCGCUAAAGCGCGAAACAUCGGAGUGUGGCACGAAAUACUCAACGUCAUGGCCAUACUAUCAGUAGUCACUAACGCGUUCAUCAUGUCGUUCACAUCUGAUAUGAUUCCUCGUCUGGUAUAUGAGUAUUCUAAUAACGGUCGCAUGGAGGGAUAUAUCAACAACAGCCUGAGUGUGUUCCAGAUCUCUCGGUUGGACCCGGCCAGUACCCCCGACCGAGAGGAGGACCCGCCCUGGUAUAACUCCAGCACCGUCACCACCUGCAGGUAUCGUGACUACCGCUACCCUCCCGGCCACGAGAGGGAAUAUCAACACAACAUGCACUUCUGGCACAUCCUGGCCGCCCGGCUGGCCUUUAUAAUCAUCAUGGAGCACGUGGUGUUUGUGGUGAAGUUCUUCGUGGCCUGGCUGAUUCCGGACGUCCCCUCGGAGGUGCGGCAGCGAAUCAAACGCGAGCGUCACCUGAUCCAGGAGUAUCUUCAUGACUACGACAUGACGCAGAUCACCCUGCAGCUCAGCAAGACCACGCCCUUCACACACACUCACACACUCACACACCCCGACGCACACACACACCCCGACGCACACACACACCCCGAGGGAGAUGAGGACACUCUCACACACGUGGACGCACAGGCGGACAAUAGUGUUGCCACGGAGACCACCGAGCUGUUGCCACCGGACACACCGCAGAAGAUACAGGAGCUACCAUCGGACUGAGGAACACACACACACACACACACACACACACACACACACACACACACACACACACACACACACACACACAC